AACGAGACGCAAAUAUUCGACUUCAGCCGUAUCGAAGGUGAAAUGACACGCCGUAACAUUCAAUGGAUUUUCAACUGCCCUGCAAAUCCUUCAGCAGGAGGCUGUUGGGAGCGCCUCAUACAGUGCGUCAAGCGAUUGCUACAACGCGUGUUAAAAGAAGAAGCACCGCGGUUGGAGACAUUUCAAAGCGUACUCAUCGAGGCAGAAAAUAUUCUAAAUAGUCGUCCACUGACAGAACUAGCCUUAACGUCCCAAGAUGAGGAGCCAUUAACACCCAACCACUUCCUGUUGGGGUGCCUCAACUCUACACAAAUGCCUAGCUCAGUCGAGGAAAGAGUAUGUCUUCGCAAGCAAUGGCGCAUAGCCCAAAAUCUGAAUAAUAGGCUGUGGAAGAGGUGGACUAUCGAGUACCUGCCCCAACUCCUGCGACGCUCAAAAUGGAGGGAUGAGGCAGAGCCGCUAAAGCCGGGACAACUGGUGAUUGUAUGCGAUCCUACUCGGCCAAGAAGCCAAUGGGAACGAGGAAGGGUGACCGAAGUUUUUGCCGCUAAAGAUGGACAGGUCAGGAGUGCCGAAGUUCAAACGGGUUCCGGCCUGCUACGUCGACCUGCAAGUAAGCUAGCCGCUUUAACAGUAAGUGAAUCCUCCAGAGAAUUCACCGGGGAGUGGGAUGUCGAUUUACAACACUAGCCCAGCCUAAUAGUCAGCAAAGUUUACGGCAACCCUGUCAUCAUGUUUUUUACUUCUUUGUAUUCUUGUAUUCUUACCAUAUUCUCGUUAUGUACAUUUUCCACUUCAUACGUUCAAAUAUCCCGCAAUUUCUCAUACUCAUCGCAUUUCCAAUCUAAAAGCCGAAGAAGACGCUCGAACAAGAACACCAAUUUUGAAACACACACACAAAACGAACCAACAAACGCCAACAAGCAAGCAAGCAGCAAUUUUGUCAUCGUCUUAUAUUUAAACCGAUCAAUUAUACACCCUACGUUUUUAUAAGAUUGGAAAUCGCAAUAAACAAUAAACUUCACAUUUUAAA